AUGUGUUUGGAUGAUGUUAUAAGAAAACAAAAGAGUACUUGUGGUGGAUGGUGGAGGGAGCCAACGAUGUGCGAAUGUGCGAUACUCGGAGGCAACCCUGUGGUUCAAUCUCAGAACAACGGAUGGGCGGGAAUCAUUGUGAACGGAUGCAUCAAAGACGUUGAUGAGAUCAACGGUUGUCAUAUUGGAGUCAGAGCUUUGGCUUCUCAUCCAAUAAAGGCGAGUAAGAAGGGACUUGGAGAGCAAAGAGUUCCAGUUAAUAUUGCAGGGACUCGGAUUUGUGAUGAAGAACUAAAUGGUUUAGUCUUCUUGUGUGUUUUCUGUUUCAAAGAGCAAAGUCGAAGGGAUGACCUAGAAUCUCUUGGAUAUGUGCUUUUGUAUUUCCUAAGAGGCAGGAUUAUAUUUCUGCCGCUAUGGGCUUUUCAUGCAGUUGUUGCAAGAGGAAGGUUCUCCCUUCCUGCUCAUGUUGCUCCCCGUAACCGUCAUUGGGCUCCAUGUCAUGCUGUUGUUGCCACACCUUUGCUUGUGGCAUUCGAAUUGCUCCUCUGUAUAUACCUCGAUAGUUCUUAUGAUCUCAAGUAUACAGUUUGUUCAGUUGUUGAUGUCAUGCACAAUAUGGCGUCUUCCAUAUCCUCUCUGAUAUCAAAGAACUCGAUAUAUAGUAGGUGGUGCUAAUAUGAGAGGGUGGUCUGAGAAGAUGAGUGAUGAUGAACUUGAGAUCGUGAGGAGUGCUGGAGUUGUGCUCUUUCAAAGAGAGAUCCCAUACUCCAUCAACAUUCAAGUUGCUAAGGUUUGUAUCAAGUUUUAAAAUUUAUAUGAUUCCAAUAUUGAUGUCAUUCAAAGGAUGCAUCUUUAGGUUUAGAUAAAGCAAUGGUGUCGUGAAGAUAUACUAGAAUUUAAAAAAUCUUCUCAUUCGCUCACUUGAAAUCUCAGCUAUACCUUCUUUGCUGGUUGCUUUUUAUUAGGCAACAUAGAUAACCCGUUACGUUUCUCUCAUUUUAGUUUGUCAUCUCCACAUUUCUUGCUCCUUCACUCUUCGUUUAGAUUCUAGUUUUACAUUUCCAGCUUUAAACUACACAGCCUGCUAUAACACAGCAUGGAUUCUCAAGUUGCAUGUAUGCCUGAAUGUAUGGCAAUGUAUAGAAAAGGAUUAACAAAUGAUCAUAGUAUGUGAUUUGAGGUUUGGCUUUUUCAAUACAUACUCUUGGGUUGGAUAUUCCGUUCAAAUGUCCAUCUCUGUUCUCCGUCAAAUUGAAUAAGCCAAGUAUUUUCAAAAAACAUCCACGAGUUGUGAAAGAGGAAUAAGAAAUGGAUCCAAAGCUUUUAUGGAGAGAGGUUCUUCCGGCCAUAUGGAUGUAACACCUUGAAACCUCCUUUUUUGUGAAGAUUAUGGAUCGAUUUUUCUCAAGUUCAUGUUUUUAAAUGUUUGGUUUGUGAUUUUUGUUUUGAUUUCAUUGGGUAAUAUGAUUUAGUUCAGAUGUUUCACGAGUGUGAAAUAAAUGGAUUCCAGACCCGACAUUAAGAAUUAUUUUUUCUUUAGAAGAAAACAGGAAUGUAAAUGCUUUGUAUUAACAACGGUUGUAGUUUUUUUGGGUUUUGUAACUUUACAGUAGUCAUCAUUGGUGGUGGUGUAUAAAAGGUAUAUGCAACUGCGUAUUUAGAGACUGAUACACCCACUAAAGAGAUGAGUCAUUGUCAGAUGAUGGAAUCAAUUAAGGGAUCGGAGGAGCUUUGGCUUAAAGGAUGGAGAUGGUCUGCUUCAUUGUCAUUGUCAUAUUUUCUCCUAAAAAUAAUAAUUUAUACGAUGCAAAAAUAGAUUAUUCAUAGUCAACAUCUACAAGUAUAUCAUAUCACUUAAACAUAAUUUU